AUGCCGACCGUGCUCCAGACCCCCAACAAGACCUUCACCCGCGAGGAGGUGGCCAAGCACAACACCGAGGACAGCGUUUGGUUCAUCAUCGAUAGCGUCGUCUACGAUGUGAGCGAGUUCCUCGACGCUCACCCAGGUGGUGAGGCCGUGCUGCGCCAGGUCGCCGGCCAGGACGCCACCGUCGCCUUCUACAACCUGCACCGGCACGAGGUGCUGCAGAAGUACAACAACCUGGCCAUCGGCACCAUUGCCGGCGAGAAGCAGAGCAUCGUGACCCCCGAGCCGGGCGACCUUUCUCAGGUGCCCUACGCCGAGCCCCUCUGGCUGCGCCCCCAGUUCCGUUCCCCCUACUUCAAGGACAGCCACCGCCGUCUGCAGCGCGCCAUGCGUGAGUUCACCGACAAGUACAUGAGGCCCGAGGCUCUGGAGCGUGAGAAGGACGGCAAGUACGUCAGUCAGGAGCUCGUCGAGCGCAUGGCCAAGGCCGGCAUCCUGCACAUGCGCAUGGGCCCCGGCAAGCACCUGCACGGCGUCAAGCUGCUGGACGGCGCCGUCGACGGCAAGGAGUUCGACUACUUCCACGAUAUGAUCUGCUGCCAAGAGGGUGUGCGCCCGGCCUGCCGUGGCUUCCAGGACGGCAACCUGGCUGGUAUGGUCAUCGGCCUGACCUGCAUCCUCAACUUCUGCACCAAUGAGGCACUGAAGAAGCGCGUCCUGGAUGACGUCUUCUCGGGCCGCAAGAAGAUCUGCCUUGCUAUUACCGAGGCCUUCGCCGGCUCGGAUGUCGCUGGCCUGCGCACCACCGCCGUCAAGACGCCCGACGGCAAGCACUACAUCGUCAACGGUACCAAGAAGUGGAUCACCAACGGCGUCUUCUGCGACUACUUCGUGGUCGGCGUGCGCACGGGCAAGGGCCUGUCCGUCCUGCUCAUCGAGCGCGGCGAGGGCGUCGAGACAAAGCAGAUCAAGACCUCUUAUUCCACGACAGCCGGCACGGCCUACAUCACCUUCGACAACGUCAAGGUCCCCGCGGAGAACCUCCUCGGCGAGGAGAACAAGGGCAUUUACGUCAUCCUCUCCAACUUCAACCACGAGCGCUGGACCAUGUGCUGCGCGUCGAUCGCCUACUCGCGCAUCGUGGUCGAGGAAUGCCUCAAGUGGGCCCACCAGCGCCUCGUCUUCGGCAAACGCCUGAUCGACCAGCCCGUCAUCCGCCUCAAGCUCGCCAAGAUGAUCGCCCUCGUCGAGUCCCACCAGGCCUGGCUCGAGUCCAUCACCUACCAGAUGUGCCACAUGCCCUAUGCCGAGCAAGCUAAGCAUCUGGGCGGCCCCAUCGCCCUGCUCAAGAUGAGCGCUACCCGGGCGGCGCACGAGAUUGCCGAUGAGGCGGUGCAGAUCUGGGGUGGUCGUGCCCUGACGCAGACGGGCAUGGGUCGCGUUAUUGAGAACUUUAACCGGACGUAUAAGUUCGAUGCUAUCCUUGGUGGUGCGGAAGAGGUGCUGGGUGAUUUGGGCGUUAGGCAGGCGAUGAAGUUUAUGCCUAAGUCGGCCAAGCUUUGA